CCCGUCCUCAUUGCUCCUGUUACUACUGUUGCUUUUGGUAUUUUGCGCCCACAUUGCGGUUAGAUUCGCGCCUUCACACCUGGACGCGACAUGGCAACCCCGGGCACGCAAGCGCCCGCAUCGGAGCCGCUGGAGACCCUGGACGUGGUCGAGACGCCAACGUCGCCGUCGUCAGGCUUGGCCCGGUCCCGUUUUGAAUUCGAAACUGGCAGGGGCAACGAGGGCACCAAGAUCCUCAUGGUCGAGUGGGAUGACGUGGCGCCGAGGCAAGACGGCAGUUCCGAGCCACGAGCGGCAGGUAGCGACUGGGAAGUGUCAUGGGAGGGCAAGGGGGACGUGCUUCCGAUCCGCGAUGUAGAUCCCGAUCCCGAUAGCAACGCACACCGCAUCUACUUCCUCCUCCCCCCGGGCGCACCUAUUCCUGCACUGGUCAGCAUCGCGCGCAAGGGCGGCAGUGGCGGAACCGGGAGCGAGGCGGGCAUGAUACUGCGGACCAAACCGAUGCCAGCCAUCUUCCCCGCGGAGUUGGCGAGCAAGCAGGACGCCGGCCGGCGCGGCGUGCUCCACACGAUAUGGGCAAGGUUGCGUCUGGCGGAGUUGCAGGCCGAGAUUGCGGCCGAGAUGAGGGCCAACGGCGAGAGCGUGGGCCUCGAGAUGGCCUUGCAAGAGCGCCAAUGGAUUAUCGACCACUUUGGGCUCGCGCCAGGCCUGGGCAUGCCACGACCGACGAAGCUCCAUAUCCCACAGAGCUCAACGGGCCCAGCAAGCCCAAGGAGUCCCAUGGGCGGCCGGUUGGGGGAGAAGCUUAGGGGCCUCAAGCUCGCAACCAGUCCCGCGGAACUAGCCGCUGGUAGUCAAGCUGCACAGAAUACGCAUACGGCACAGAAGCACCAUCAUACUGCGUCAGCACCCUCUGCUAUCACGGGCGAUUCUGUCUCCAGACCGGCGGCCUCGGGCGGUAGCGGCGGCCUCGCGUCCUUGGAUGCCAUGGUGGAGAGCGGUCAUGCUGCGGCUCCUGCUCUCGCGGCCGCGGGGUCAGACGAUACCAAUGAGGAAGACUUGUUCGCUCUUCCUAUGAGCCCUCGCAGCCCGGAGAUGAAGAGGAGUCCCUUCAGCCUCUUAUAGAUGCCUGUAGUGUCUACUCGUGGACACCGGGGGCCGUCGUUGACCCCGGGUUGCUCCCGGGCAGACUCCUUGGGGAGGAGGACAAGUAUUGGCUGCCUUCGUAUCGGAGCGCCGCUACGGAGUAGUCGAGACGGCGGGGUGUCUUAGUUGACAGAAAGUAAUUGUAUGGGGUAGAGAGGGUGUUAAAAACCUUCCCCUGAGGGCCAGUCGGCUG